AUGGGCGACUUCCAUGACCUCAUCGUGUACUUCAUGGACACAGAUCUACGCACAAUGUUUGUCCAGGCUACGACCCCCGUUCUCAGCCAGGCUGCUCUGACUGUUGCAACUGAUGAUGCUGCAUAUGGCAACGGAGAGAACAAACUAUUCUACCAGAAGCUGCAGGUGCCGUAUAUUGUGUCGAUGCUGGCUGCGGGCAAGUACUGCAACGGUAGGCGGGCCGACGCUAAGCUGAAAGAAAUUCCAACGGAUAGUGCCGUGUUUCAACGACACUCAGCCAAGUUAUAUCGUGCGCACUACAUGGAACAACUCCCCAGUAUUAACGAUCUCCUGCAGGAACAACAUGACAAUGAAUAUUCAGAUAGAAUAGACGACUUUGUAUCUGGAAUGAAGGAAAACAUUGCUGCCAAGAGUGCCAACCUGAAAGUCCCGAGCAACUCCAAAUACGAUGCCCAGCUCGCGGCGGCGCAGAAAGACAUCGACAACCUUAUCACCUGGGCCAAGCAGCGAUCGCUCUGGUGGGAUGAAUAA